AUGGCCUCCAUGGAGCCCUCCGAAGAUGACAUCUCGCAGGUCGUCGACUUUGCGGGCCUCAACCCGAUCGAUGACCGCGCCAUGAUUAUCAACGCGCUCAAGAAUAACAACCGAAACGUCGAGACCGUCGUUAUGCAAUACUUUGACAACUCCGAGAGUGUAUGCGCCUUCUGCCACAACCCCUCUCGCCUGGGAGUGACGCCUCCGCCUAGUUACGCUGCUGGAGCCCCGUCGAGACCCCCCUCGCGGUCUAACAACCGGUCCCCACUGGGGAGGAUGGUUGAAUGGACUGCGGGUGAUACAGCUGGAGGAAACAACAUUCAUUCUCAGGAAGACGAGGAUAUGCAGCGAGCAUUGCGAGAAUCAGCACAAGAAGCGGGGCUGUCGCUUCCUCCACAAGAGGCCGGCGUCAUCGAUCAGUCAACUUCAACGCCGUACUUUGGUCCCGCAAACCGCUCCGACUACGAUCAGGACAACUGGGCUAUGGUCAUCGCCGGGCAGAACAGAUCACAGCUGAAUAACGCCCCGUCACCAUCUCAAAGAAAGCGAGAUCCCGAAAGCCCAGCAUUUUUGAUUCAGGGGUCCAGCUCUGAGGGAUUCCAUAGUUUGGGUGGUCUGCUGACUAUCCUUCACGAGAUUCCCUUGGCAAGGAAUAUCUUCCUGCAAUAUGGUUCUCCUGCGAAUUCGUAUGGGUUUAACAGCGAAUGGUGGAACGGACAGGAGAUUUUACCGCCGGAGGCUCUCCGCCAAGUAUACACCGACGGCACGGCAGAGGGCGACGACUUUGUUGCGAAGCCCAACUUUGAAGACGAGCUUCAUCGACUGAUGGCGUUUCUUGACUCGACCGAGAGGAGCUAUGCAACGGUCAGCACGCUGGCAGAGUUGAUUCCAGACCCAAGCUCUGGCAUGGAGAAGCAGUUUUAUGCCAGACUGGGAGACACAAGCGAUGCGCUGCAACCGUUAUAUCAAGAGGCGAUCCUGCUCGACGUGGACGACGAUGUGGUCCAUCAAGAGGCCAAGUUUGGGGUGCUGGGUUUCGACCACUCGAGGGGCGAAUACGCCCACAUCAAAACACUCUACGAGGCCUUUGAUCAUAUGAUGUGGAGUGACAUCUUGUCCUGGCACGACGCAGACGAAAAGGCCAAAAUCGCGACUGUUAGAAAAAUGGGCGAGGUUCUUGUCAUCAAGGUCGGCAACCACGGCCCUCAAGACUCGUUCGACAUUCCGACACACCUAUACCCGGAGCGCUAUCUGGCCAGCCGUAAGGAGGAGGCUAGGAAAAUAGCCACGGCGAUAUUGGAGACCAAGAAUGCCAUCGACAGUGUGACGACGGAGGAGCGGCGCCUUCAGGAAUGGCAGGAUGACUGGAACCAGCUGUCAUUCAACAAGCAGGAGAUGAUUCGCGAGGUUCAAGACCAGUGGAAGGCAUUUUCCGAUUAUCUUGAGACCGCCGGGCGGUUUCAAGGCAUGGAGGCUGCGGGAUUUGACACGAGCAAGUAUCCCAACUAUCGAGAUGCUCCAUGUGAGAUGACGGAGGAGCAGGCCAAACUCUCCGGACAGGUCAGCGACGUGCUUUUACUGACUCAGCGGAUCAUGUCCGAUAUGGAAGCAAGAACACAAGAUCUCCGUGCGCAGCUAGAGCAGCUUCAAGCCAAGCAACGAUUUCUUGGAAGGCUCUUGACAGACCCAGACAAACAAGGCCGGCCGAAGCCAAUGACGUGCAAGAAGUAUCAGCUGCGAGGUGUGGCAACCGAAAGAGAUGUGAUUUAUGUCUGCCAACGUCUGGAGCCGGAGUCCACAGAGGCGGAAGAUGCAAAACCAGCAGUCGAUCAGUGGUGGCGGCUAGAAUACUGUCCCCACGAGGACGUGCCGGUCAGAUCAGAGAAGGUAGAAGUUGAAAGGGUCCUAAGAGACGUUUGGCAUGAGACAAAGAUACCAGUGCUCGUAUACGCCACCGAAGAAGCAGUCUCUACUCCAAAGGCGCCCUUGUCGGAUGCUCUGAACAUGUUUGUCAGGUCGGAUAAUAAGGCUUUCCGCCAGGAGCUCAAGAAGCCCGCCACCGACAGCAGGGAUGAAAGAAGGCAUCCGGACCCAAUCUCCCCUUCUAAGAGGAAGCACCGAGAUAGCAUGGAUUCCAUGGAUACUAAUCGAGCUUCGAUCGGUAGUGAGGACAGGAAUCCCUUUGAGCCCGUGUUUGGCGACCAAAUGGACCAAGAACUGGCAGAACUAUCUGGAGAGACGCCUGAAUACGUUGGCCCUGGCACUGAGGUACCAUCUGAAGGUCAUGGAAUCCCUCCGCCCUUGCCUAACCGGGACCAGGCGCAGAUGGCGGUUGAGUCUGCGACUCUGACACCCGAUACGUUGGCGGCAGACGAGGGUGAAGUGCAAAACCCUACUUCUCCCAAGGACAGGCAGGCAGAUGAUGCGGCGACUAAGGCUCCCGAGAUGCAAGAGCGGAUUAGGCCACCGUCCAUCAUCCGGCCACCACCGCCGGGGAGCGAAGGGGGCAGGGAGCUGAGCAUGGACAUGGAAAUUCCAGAUGUCCAGGAAUAG